CGACGCAUAGUUGGUGACCACAAUGAGCCGCACAGCCGCGCCGUGCCCGUACGGAUCCUUGAAUGCAUCCCGCAUCGUCGUGACGGGGCCGCUUUGCCAAAGCGAUGCGAACGCCACGUGUGUCGUUGACACCAAGUGCAAGGUUCUUGAACGCGACAUCUCGGGAAACGAUGCGAACGGCAACAUCACCCUGACGGUGAUCAAUGGCUACAUGACUGGCUGGGAUUCGGUCGAUGCGUUGGGAGACCUGUCGAACUUGCCCACCAUCGGCUUCUCGGCGGCCAACUUCACCUCGCUCAACCUUGACGCUCUCGUGUUCAGCAAAGACAUGGAGUUCUUCUCGAUCGACAAUGCGUCGGUCCCUGUCAUUCCCCGCACGCUGGUGUACCCUGGACGAUUGGCGCACUUGAACCUCAUCGAAACCAACACGGCCAACAUCCCCGACAAGUUCCCUGAGCGAUGCUUCGACUUCGGCUUCUUGUACCAGCCAUUGAACACGUCGACGCUGGUCAACAUCCCGCCAUCCGUCCAAUUCUUGGACUUGCACGGCAACGGGAUCACCAACUUGACGCACCUGAAGCUCGACUGGACCAACAAGACCCACGUGUACGUCGAGCCGCCGAUGGUGGCCGCCAUCAUGGACUCGCCUAGGUUUUUGCACAAGAACAAGAUCCAAGCCAUUUCGAACGUCACGUUCAAGAAAGGCAAGCUCAAAGCUUUCUACCUAUCCAACGCCAACAUUUCGCACUUUGAACUCGACCCGGACUCGUUUGAAGCUAUCAACGUGCUUAGCCCGGCGCAAAAGGUCGCCCAGGCAAUGUUUGAGAGCCAAGAGUACGGGUUCAAGCUGGACAAGUACAACAUCACGCAAGAUGUGGACAAGUGCACGGCGGCCAACGGCGUCGUCACGGAGCUGUGGGCCAUGCACAGCGAAAUCACCAAAGCGAAAUACACAGUGUGCGUCGUCGCGCCUCCGACGACGGCGGUGCCCGCGCCGACCACCGCCGACUCGAACACGGGGUGGAUUGUCGGCGUCGUGGUGGGAGUGCUCGUCGUCUUGGGUGCUGCUUUCUUUUUCAUUCGUCGCCGCAACCGUAAACCCGACGACGACGCCGAGUUCGAGUACCAUCGCGACGGUGGCAAAACCGCGGGCGGCACCACGGGCACCCGCUUCAUCACAGACAACACAGCGACGGGCAUCGACAUGUCGGAGCUCACGUUGUACCGACUCAACCAACAAGACGUGAUCCCUGAAAAGAAGCUUGCGUCGGGGGCGUAUGCCGAUGUGUUGUACGGAAUGUAUAAAGGGACCCCCGUGGCCAUCAAGAAGCUCCUCAGCUCUCGUGUCGGGGUGAACGAAGUCCAGGGACUCAUCGAUGAAAUCAAACUUCUCGCCAGCUUUACGUCGCCGUACAUAAUCAAGCUGAUCGGGUGCUGCUGGGACCAACCGUCCGACUUGGAGUGCGUCCUCGAGUACAUGAACGCAGGCGACCUCCGCGACAACCUGACCGCGCGCACUUCGUUUGAUUUCCCAUGGAACGAAAAAACGCAAGUGAUCGCUGCCGUCGUCGACGGCCUCGCGUACCUCCACUCGUUGCCGGUGAUCCACCGCGACUUGAAGAGCCGCAACGUCCUCAUGGACACGGUCAAGCCGGCCAAGUUGACCGACUUUGGCGUGUCCAAGGAAGACACACAAGAAACCAUGACGGUUGGUGUUGGCACGUACCGGUGGAUGGCGCCGGAGAUUCUCCAGUUCAACCAUUACUCGGUGGCGGCCGACAUCUUUUCGUUCGGGAUGGUGUUGUCCGAGCUCGACUCGCACAAGAUCCCCCUCUCGUGGACACGGCCAUCAUGA